AUGCAACUUUUAAUCGUUUUGAUCAGCUCUGUUUGCGGUACGUUUGCAUUCCGUCAGCAAAGCAUUGGUGUCAAAGGACAGUUAGUUUGUGGCUCAAAGCCACUCAGCGACGCAAGGAUCAAAGUGUGGAACAAAAAUAAGAUUGGCACAGACGAUCAAAUAAUAGAUGUACGAACGGAUGCUGGUGGCUAUUUCAAUGCUACAGGUGGCAUAGGAUCGUUUUUCGACAUGAACCCGCACUUGAAAAUUUACCACACCUGUAACCACGAACUGGGCUUUUUUGGAAUCAAAAAGGUUAAUCCCAAAAUUUUUUGCACAAAGUAA